AUGGUUAGUAGAAAAUAUCUUUGUGAUGCUAAAGUUACUACUGUGAAAUUAAAAGAUGCUGAUUUGGCGGAAGUUCAAACUACAAUUUCUGGUGGUGAUUAUGCCUUACCAAGUCUUGCUAGAGAAGUUAAUAAGAUUGAAAAUAACAAACUUGUUGUUGACACUUAUUUGAAUCUUGUUGAAACCCGAGGAAUAAAAUCUACUUUGGUAUUCGCUGUUGAUAUAAAACAUGUUGAAGAUCUAGCCAAGUUAUUUCAUGAUAGAGGAGUCAAAGUUGACUAUGUUACAGCUAGAACCAGUAGACAUUAUAGAGAACCAGCAGUUCAAAGAUUCAAAAAUGGUGAAACUAAUUUAUUGAUCAAUUGUGGUGUAUUCACAGAAGGGACUGAUAUCCCUAAUAUUGAUAGUAUUUUAAUGGUUCGUCCUACAAAAUCAAAAAAUCUAUUGGCACAAAUGAUUGGAAGAGGUUUAAGAAAACAUGAUGGUAAGGAUGUCUGUCAUAUUAUUGAUUUUGUUGGUAUAAAUAAUUCUGAUGUUAUUUCAUUACCUUCUUUGCAUAAUUUAAAAUAUAACUCUGAAAUAAUUGAUCAUUUUGCUGAUAAGAAAAAAAAAACACCAUCUUCAAAAAAUCCUGAAAUUUCUUUCAAUACAGUAAAGGAACCAAAUCACAAAACACUUCAUUAUGUUCCAGAAGCUUUUGAUCAAAAUAUACUUGAAUUUUCCACGUAUAAAAGUCUAAAUGAUUUUAGAAAUAAAGGAGCUGAUACUUGGACAAAUGAUUUAUUCUUAGUGAAAAACUCAUUAUACCCUUGGCUUAAAAUUGAUGAGGAUACUUGGAUAAUCUCAAAUCCUGAUUCAUCAUCAACUCCUAUUAACUCACAUAUAAAAUUACAAAGACAUAGAGAAGGGAUCAAAAGAGGAUUUUUGAAACAUGUUAGUAUUGAUAAAGUUUAUACAAGUAAAAAGGCAUUUGAAAGAAACUUUGACAAAAAAUCUCUAGUUUAUUCAUUAUCUUUACAUACUUUGAAAAACGCUGAACAUCCAAAAUUUAAGUUUGAUUUCCAAGGAUCUAAAGAUUCAAAACAAAGAAGGUUUAGAAGUAAUCUAGAUGAUUAUGAAAACUCUUUAUUAAUGCCAUUAUCAAGAGAUAUUGUGAUACCUUUAUCAUACGUUGAUAAAUUUGUCAAAGGAGUGAGUUCUGAUGAUUUUACUAAAAAUUCAAAAUGGAGAUCAUUACCAGCUUCUGAAUCAUCUAAAACUUUUUUACUUCAUUUAGUAAUUGAAAGUCAAAUUGCAAAGACAUCACCAGCUAAAUUAAUUCCAAUGAUGGGAAUGGUUCAAAGUUUAACAGAAGGUGAAGCCCAAGAACUUAUCUUGUCAUAUACGGCAUCUGGAGGUGUAUUAUUUGAGAAGUUGAUUAAAAAAAGCAUUAUAUAG